UUUCAUCUCUCUUCAUGGACUCACGACCUUCGCAACCCAGAGCCUUCGAGAGCCAAUACAGUAGUUUAAUUAUUCACCUCAGUGAUUCCUUUAUAGUCCUUACGGAGUUUUUCCGUUGCAAAGCAAUAUCCGGACAAGCAGCCUUCCGUUUCCGGUUGGCAUGUUGCCGUGGUAACUGGGAUGCACAGCCGCGGAGGUUAUGGCGGGGCUGAGCAGUGCGCCCAUCCCCGACGGGGAGUUCACCGCGGUCGUGUACCGGCUCAUCCGGGAUGCCCGCUACGCCGAGGCCGUGCAGCUGCUGGGCGGAGAGCUCCAGCGGAGCCCGAGGAGCCGCGCCGGCCUGUCGCUGCUGGGCUACUGCUACUACCGCCUGCAGGAGUUCGCGCUGGCCGCCGAGUGCUAUGAGCAGCUGGGCCAGCUGCACCCGGAGCUGGAGCAGUACCGCCUGUACCAGGCCCAGGCCCUGUACAAGGCCUGCCUUUACCCAGAGGCCACCCGCGUCGCCUUCCUCCUCCUGGACAACCCCGCCUACCACAACCGGGUCCUCCGUCUCCAAGCCGCGAUCAAGUACAGCGAGGGCGAUCUGCCCGGGGCCAGGAGCCUGGUGGAGCAGCUACUGAGUGGGGAAGGAGGAGAAGACAGCGGGGGCGAGAACGAGCUCGAUGGCCAGGUCAACCUGGGCUGUUUGCUCUACAAGGAGGGACAUUAUGAAGCCGCAUGUUCCAAGUUCUCUGCUGCCUUGCAGGCUUCGGGCUACCGGCCUGACCUUUCCUACAACCUGGCUUUGGCCUAUUACAGCAGCCGGCACUAUGCAUCCGCGCUGAAGCAUAUCGCUGACAUUAUUGAGCACGGCAUCCGCCAGCACCCAGAGCUGGGUGUGGGCAUGACCACUGAGGGCAUUGAUGUUCGAAGUGUUGGCAACACCUUAGUCCUUCACCAGACCGCUCUGGUGGAAGCCUUCAACCUCAAGGCCGCCAUAGAAUACCAACUGAGAAACUAUGAGGUGGCCCAGGAAACCCUCACAGAUAUGCCUCCGAGGGCAGAGGAAGAGUUAGACCCUGUGACCCUGCACAACCAGGCGCUAAUGAACAUGGAUGCCCGGCCUACAGAAGGGUUUGAGAAGCUACAGUUUUUGCUCCAACAGAAUCCCUUUCCCCCAGAGACCUUUGGCAACCUGUUGCUGCUCUACUGUAAAUAUGAGUAUUUUGACCUGGCAGCAGAUGUCCUGGCAGAGAAUGCCCAUUUGACUUACAGGUUCCUCACACCCUAUCUCUAUGACUUCUUGGAUGCCAUGAUCACUUGCCAGACAGCUCCUGAAGAGGCUUUCAUUAAGCUUGAUGGGCUAGCAGGGAUGCUGACUGAACAGCUCCGGAAACUCACCAAACAAGUGCAGGAAGCAAGACACAACAGAGAUGAUGAAGCUGUCAAAAAGGCAGUGAAUGAAUAUGAUGACACCCUUGAGAAGUAUAUUCCCGUGCUGAUGGCCCAGGCCAAAAUCUACUGGAACCUUGACAAUUAUCCAAUGGUGGAAAAGAUCUUCCGCCAAUCUGUGGAAUUCUGUAAUGACCAUGAUGUGUGGAAGCUGAAUGUGGCUCAUGUUCUGUUCAUGCAGGAAAACAAAUACACAGAAGCCAUAGGUUUUUAUGAGCCCAUAGUCAAGAAGCAUUAUGACAACAUCCUGAAUGUCAGUGCUAUUGUGCUGGCUAACCUGUGUGUUUCAUAUAUUAUGACAAGUCAAAACGAAGAAGCCGAGGAGUUGAUGAGGAAGAUUGAAAAGGAGGAAGAGCAGCUCUCCUAUGAGGACCCAGAGAAGAAAAUCUACCAUCUCUGCAUUGUGAAUUUGGUGAUAGGGACGCUUUAUUGUGCCAAAGGAAAUUAUGACUUUGGUAUUUCUCGGGUUAUCAAAAGCUUGGAACCUUAUAAUAAAAAACUGGGAACUGAUACCUGGUAUUACGCCAAAAGAUGCUUCCUGUCAUUAUUAGAAAACAUGUCAAAACACAUGAUUGUGCUUCGUGACAGUGUUAUUCAAGAAUGUGUCCAGUUUCUAGAACACUGUGAACUUUAUGGCAGGAACAUACCUGCUGUUAUUGAACAACCCCUGGAAGAAGAAAGAAUGCAUAUUGGAAAGAAUACAGUCACUUAUGAAUCCAGACAAUUAAAAGCUUUGAUUUAUGAGAUUAUAGGUUGGAAUAUGUAGUAAUGUCUAAUAAUGACUUUUAUCAAAAUGGCUCUGUUAACUAUACAUAUUUGCAACUCUUUUAUCU